AUAUAAAACGGCUAUUGUGAUCCAGGGGAACUAUUCCAAACAAUUUUUGUUCGUUUUCAAUCAGUGAUUAGGUGCUCUGAUAUUCUACCUAACAAAAUGAAGAUCACUAUUCUCUGCUUGUGUGCAAUUCUAGCCGCAGCUCAAGCCGGCGGCUACGGCCUGCUCAACAGCGGCCUCAGCUACGGCUCCUUGGACAACGGCUACGACACCACCUACUACAACAGUUACGGAGGCAGCGCGUACAGGCCGGGAUAUAGCGGCUACUCGGGGUACUCCGGUUACAGGAGACCUGGCUACAACUCCUACAAACCUGGAGGCUACUACGGCAACUCCUACUACAACUCCGGGUAUGGAGGCUCGGGAGGCUCUUAUCCUUACGGAGGAUCCUACAGCACUUACAGGCCUUACGGAUACGACAGUUAUGAUGGAUACAGUGGAUAUGGCAAGUACGGAAGCGGUUCCAGCUUCUUGGGCGGCAACUACAGGCCCUACAGCGGUUAUCAGCACAGCAGCUAUUACAGGAAGUAGAACCAGUAGUGUGAUAUCUUUAACCUCGUUUUUAAUUACUUGGUAUAUUAUCGUGUUAACAAAGUUGAACUCAUAUUUAUGUAUGUAUUGUAUUUUCCAUUGUGUAUUAUUGUAAAUAUGUGUAAUAAUAGUAAUAAAAAUUAUGUGUUUUA